AUGCGCCCCACCCUCCCUCCCCCCACCACCGUUGCCCUCGCUGCCUACGCCGGCAAAUCCAAUACUGCCACCGUCAGUCACUGCUCCGCCAUCGGCGACUCCGCCACCGUCUUUGCCGCCGCCGCAGUCACCACUCCCAUCCUCUCCACCGCCAACAGCGCCACCGUCGUUGCCGCCACCAACGGCUCCGCCACCGUCCUCACCACCGCUGGCACCGACCACGCGUGGGGCGGCAACCACUACCUGAUGGGCGGCAGCGUGAACGGUGGGAACAUUCGUGGCGCCUUCCCCGAGCUCAGGGUUGACGGGCCGCAGAGCCUUUCCUCCAAUGCGCCCAUGCUACCAACCUCGUCGUGGGAGGCGAUCUGGAAGAACCUUGCCCAGUGGGUUGGCGUCGAGGACAGCCAGCUAGAGGCCGUCAUGCCCAACCUGCGGAACUUCGGUAAUGACAACCUGAUCCCGUACACAGACAUGUUCCGUUCUUGA